AUGGCCGGAUUGCAACGAAAGAUUCUGGCUAUUGAAAGCACAUGUUACAGAUAUUCUGACAGUGAAGCUUUGUUUGAAGAAGAAAUGCUUGAAGGAGAAAAGAAUAGCAUUAAUGCUGAAAGUGAUAUUAUUGAUGUUAAGCUUGAAAAAGAUGAAAGCAGUACUCGAUUCCGAUACAAACAUUCGUUCUAUGUUCACAGGGAUUUCUUGCGCGAUAUAGUUGGUAAAUAUAAUAAAAAAUUAGAAGCACUAAAUUUACAGUAUGUACGUAUGCCACGAGAUGGAAACGGACCUAUAAUGGUAAUGGGAUCAUGCGGUAGAGAUGUGGUAUUAGCAAGACACAAAAUUGAUCAGAUAGUAAACAGAUCACAAUACAAAAAUGAGUUUACUCAUGUACUUGACUACCCAAUAACUUCUGAAGACAUUAUCAAUAGGUUCAACGAGUUCAAAGCAAAAGUUAUGAAAGACCAUGCCAACGAUUCAACAGAGCUGAAAAAAGAUUUUUUCCAACUAGAGACACAGUUGCACAUAAAAACUAAGGUUUUAUGGCUGUCGAAUAAUAAUAUGAUAGAACGAGCAGUACUUGCUUUACACGCUUGUAAUGAAGAGAUUAUUCAGCCUUUCCUUAAAAAAAAUGGUCCUUUGACGAUUGAAAUUAGUGGAAUCGAGUGCGGACAAGUUGAUACCACAAAGGCCAAAGAGCUGUAUGCUAAAGUAGUGGACGAAAAAGGUCACCUUUUGGCAUUGUCACAAAAAAUUGUAGAUUAUUUUGCCGAGCUGGGUCUGAUGAAAAGAAAUAAAUACAAAAAGAUUAUUGAGCUCCGAAUGGCGAUUAUGAAGACUAGUUUUUUAUUGCGAAAAAUCGAAAAUUCUCAAAAAAAGACAGCCAUACAUUCCAUACGUAAAACUAAGUUUGACGCUACCAAGAUCGUAGAGGAGCACAAAGACACCUAUUUUGGAAAGAUUACAUUAUCUACCAUGCAUCUCUCAAUUCGAAGAUAUGAGGACGGCUUCGAUAGAAACAGAUUUGCUGCGAAAAUUGAUUUCUAA